CAAGCCUUGGAUAUUGUCUUGAUCCUUGAAGUUCCAACAUCAGUCAUUGUUAGAUAAUUGCAUCCUCGUUAGUCGUUAGAAUCCCCCAAGCUGCCUAACGAAGAAUAUCUAUAGUAUGACAAUAAUAUCGUCUCCAUUGUGUGUGAGUGUCCCUACAGGCUACAGCUAGAUAGCUAGAUCAUAUAGAUUAUCCCAAUGGCUGAAAACCCCUAUUUAUCCCACACUCCAAAAAUUACCUUAACUGUGUGUGUGGACAUGAACAAAGACUACGACUAUACUAUGGGGGUGCUUCCCCCGGGCCUGGUCCCGGACCAGGCCUCUCCGCCAUGGCUGAGCAAAGGCGACAACGCUUGGCAGCUCACCGCCGCCACCAUGGUCGGCCUCCAGAGCGUCCCGGGACUUGUGGUCCUCUACGGCAGCAUGGUCAAGAAGAAAUGGGCCGUUAACUCGGCCUUCAUGGCCCUCUACGCCUUCGCCGCCGUCCUCGUCUGCUGGGUCCUCUGGGCCCACCGGAUGUCCUUCGGUGACCACUUGAUCCCCGUCUCCGGCAAGCCCGCCGCUGCCGCCGACGACCGCUACUUGCUCCGGCAGCAGAAUUACUCCCUUGUCCCCAGGGCGGAUUACGUCUUCUACCAGUUCGCUUUCGCCGCCAUCACGGUGAUUCUGGUCGCCGGAUCUUUGCUCGGCCGGAUGAACUUCUACGCGUGGAUGGCGUUCGUCCCGCUGUGGACGACGCUGUCGUACACAGUCGGGGCGUACACCAUUUGGGGCCCCGGAUUUCUCCGGGACCGGAUAAUUGACUAUGCCGGCGGAUACGUCGUCCAUCUCUCCUCCGGCGUGGCCGGCUUCACGGCGGCGUAUUGGGUUGGGCCGCGGCACUCGCACGACCGGCAGCAUUUUCCGCCGAACAACAUAAUCAACAUGCUCGGCGGCGCCGGGUUUUUGUGGAUGGGGUGGACGGGUUUCAACGGUGGGUCGCCGGUGGCGGCGAACAAGAUAGCGUCGCUGGCGGUGCUAAACACGCACAUCUGCACGGCCACGAGCCUUCUGGUGUGGCUGGCGCUGGACAUAACCGUAUACCUUAAGAGCUCCGUUGUUGGUGCCGUUCAGGGGAUGAUCACCGGCCUCGUCUGCAUCACUCCGGCUGCCGGUAUUGUGGAUACAUGGGCUGCAGUGGUGAUGGGGAUUCUAUCAGGGUCGAUUCCAUGGUUCACCAUGAUGGUCUUGCACAAGAGAUCAUCUUUUUUCCAGAAGGUCGACGACACUCUCGGAGUUUUCCACACCCACGCCGUCGCAGGCCUGCUAGGCGGCCUUCUCUCCGGCAUCUUCGCCAAUCCGAAGCUCCUAAGGUUGUUCUAUGGGACGGGUCAUCGUCAAGGGCCGGGCUUGAUCUAUGGGAUGUUCGAUGGGCAGAUCAAACAUGGGCUUCGCCAAAUGGGCUUCCAGCUUGUCGGGGCGCUCUUCGUUGCCAUAUGGAAUGUGGUGGCGACGAGCCUAAUUUGCAUCUUGAUAGAUCGGAUUAUUACGCUCCGAAUGCACGAAGAUGAUCUUGAAAUUGGGGAUGAUGCGGCGCACGGAGAAGAAGCUUAUGCGUUGUGGGGAGACGGGGAGAGGCAUCCGCCUCCUCUUCGAUUUCCUCGAAUGAAACCAAGAAUCAUACCUUCCUUGUGUAGAUGCACUUGAAAUUCAUUUAUUCGCGGGACGAAUGUUUUUCUUAAUAAGAUUUUAUUGUAAACACACUCCAACUCAGCUUAAGUAUGUUCGAAUUUGUAUUUUCAAUGUUAUUUUAAACUUGUACUCUCUAUGUAUGUAUCAAAUUUAGGUAGUAUGUAAGAAUACACCAUGGUGACCAAAAUGCAAAACAAAUAAUAAUUGUAGAGGAAAACAUAUAAUUUAUAGUUAACAUAUCAUAUCCAAUGAAAAUUAUGUAGUAGUUAAAAGAUAAAAGAUAAUACUCCAUCGAUCUCUUAACAAAUUAUCUAUUUUUCCGUUUUGGACCGUUUCAACAAACUAUUUAUUUUCUUUUUUAACAACUGUACUAUCUACCUAACAUUACAAAUAUCUUUGCAACUUACAAUAUAUUACAAAACGUCAUUAUAUUUAUAUUACAUUAUACUAAUAAAGUUGUUUUAGUCGUUUCUACUAUAUAUCAAUAUAUUACUAAUACACAUAAAACUUCGUAAAAAAAGUAAAUGAAUAUCUACUCAUGGGAUGGAGAGUAAUAAUAAUCCAAUUAUGUAGCUUGUUUUAGAUACAAUUGUUGUUAUUAAGAUGCUUUGUGUCAUAAUUUUGAUUGGCGUUGCCAUAUUCAUUGAAAAAUGGUUGGGCAACUUUUGGUUUGUUAUGGUCGAAGUUCACGAGAAAAAGCAGUUGUAAAAGCAAACAAAAUAUAGGGAAAAAGACAACCUUAUUUGGAUCGUCACCUUACAAUAUGGAAGAUAUUUUAGUUUGUUGUUUUUUUUCACGACUGCCCAUUGAUGUACUUUUACUCACUUUUUUUCAUGUUAAAAAAACAAUUAGGUGUAUUUUUGAAAAUUGAAUUAAUAAUUAAAAGGAAAAAAGAGAUAAUGUAAUACAUGUAGGAGCAAUUUUAAUAAAUAAAUAUUAAAUGGAAUAUAAUAAUAAAUGUUGGAAUGUUUUAUUUUGCCAAAAUUAAUAAAAGAAUAAAUUUAAAAGACAGAAGGAAAAAAAUAAAUAAAUAAAUUUG